AUGGGGACUCUAGGGACGGUCGUGGGCGUGAUACUGCUCAUAUCGUUCAUGACCUUUGUCACCUUUUUUGGACGACUGCCUGCGUUGAGAAACACACCCAUUUCCGCUCUGCACCGUGCCAUAUGGGUUCACCUACCGAACGGGCUGCUGGCCCUGGACCAGAGACUCACAUCAGGCAAGCUUUCGAGACAUCUAGUGCGGUUCGGACGUCACAUGCUAUAUGACCGACACCCGACAGUGGUGAUCUUCUUCGCGGCAAUCCUCGUAGGCGGAGAGUUAGCCUAUCUCCCGACGGCCUGGCCGGUCAUGAGCGGGUUGACACGUCUGACGAGCAGCGUGGCCGUGGUGCUCCCGUACGUGUUCCUGUGGCUCGCGUGCGCGGCGGACCCGGGCUACGUGACGGGCGAGACGGUAGACUAUCACAUGUCGCUGUACCCGUACGACUACGCCAUAUUCCAUCCGGGUCGCAUCUGCCGGACGUGCGACCUACCGAAGCCACCACGGUCCAAGCACUGCAGCCUGUGCAAGCGGUGCGUGGCCCGCGCGGACCACCACUGCAUCUUCAUCAACGGGUGCGUCGGGUACGGCAACCACCACUGGUUCGUGCUGCUGCUGCUGUCGACGGCCGUGCUCACCGCCUACGGCGGUCUGCUGGGUAUGUCCAUCCUCUCGGCCGACAUACGUGUCCACCACCCGGGCUGGUCCGCCUGGCCGCUGAGCUCCACGCUGUCGUGGACCAGGUGGUGCGCCUUGUUCGCCGUCGCCAUCCGCGCCUACUCCGGCCUCGGGGCCGCCACCCUCCUGUCCCUGCUCACCUCCCCGCUCAUAUGGGGUCUUCUCCUCUACACCCUGUACCUCAUCUACCUCGGCACCACGACCAACGAGUCGCUCAAGUGGUCCGACUUCCAGGAGGACGUGCGCGACGGGUACGCCUUCUCGCGGCCCCUGCCCCAGCACCAGAGACGCUCAGUGCCCGGAGACCCAGGGUGGUCGCGCUGGCCCGCUCAGCCUCAUCAUAUACUUGUCACUACGACCGAUGGCCGCCCGCCCAAUACGCUACAGGGCCAGGGUACCAUUCCCGGGGAGGGCCCCUGGGAACCUAUACGCAGCCUGGCCGACGUGGAGAAUGUCUACGAUCUUGGAUUUUGGGAUAAUUUGAGGGACAUAUUCAUCAAGGAUUAUGCCUUUGGUAGCAAGAUGGAUGUGUCCGACGCGGAGAGGUCACAUAGGAGUAAUGGACCGUGGGCUGGUGAAAGGAGGAAUAGGCUGGUUGCUCAUCCGCCAUAG